AAUGGCGUUGAAAGCACUUGUCGGACAAAAGAUUAUGAAUGAGGUGAUCCGCUAUCGCGGUCCCAAAGGCAAGGAGUCUCAGCGUAUAGAAUGGCGGAUUCUUAUUGUGGAUCAACUCUCCAUGCGCAUGGUAUCUGCAUGCUGCAAGAUGCACGACAUUUCAGCAGAAGGAAUCACAUUGGUAGAAGAUAUCCACAAGAAACGUGAGCCAUUGUACACCAUGGAUGGCAUUUACUUGAUUACACCAUGUGAGAAAUCAGUACAUGCUCUCAUUAAUGACUUCUCCGUGGGCAACCGCAUCAUGUACAAGGCAGCACAUGUUUUCUUCACUGAAGCUUGUCCUGAUAAACUUUUUGAUGAAUUAUCACGUUCAUAUGUAGCUAAAUAUAUCAAAACUUUAAAGGAAAUCAACAUAGCUUUCAUACCAUAUGAACAACAGGUGUUCUCUCUGGACUCUCCAGACACCUUCCAGUGCAUGUACAACCCAGCACUCACACAAACCCGCAAUGCCAAUAUGGAACGUAUUGCAGAACAAAUUGCAACACUCUGUGCAACUCUUGGGGAAUACCCCUCUGUGCGGUACCGAAGUGAUUGGGAACGCAAUGUAGAACUCGCGCAACUUAUCCAGCAGAAGCUGGAUGCCUAUAAGGCGGACGAGCCGACCAUGGGCGAGGGUCCGGAGAAGGCUCGCUCACAGCUACUGGUGAUGGACCGCGGUUUCGACUGCGUGUCCCCGCUACUGCAUGAGCUCACACUGCAGGCUAUGGCUUACGACCUACUGCCCAUUGAGAACGAUGUCUACCGAUAUGAUGCUCAGGGCAAUCAGAAAGAAGUACUUUUGGACGAGAAUGAUGAACUUUGGGUGGAACUACGACAUCAGCACAUUGCUGUGGUGUCUACUUCAGUUACCAAGAACCUCAAGAAGUUUACUGAAUCUAAGCGCAUGGGGGGAGGAGAUAAACAGUCCAUGCGAGACUUGUCGCAAAUGAUCAAGAAAAUGCCACAGUACCAGAAGGAACUAUCCAAGUACGCGACGCAUCUACGUCUAGCCGAAGACUGCAUGAAGGCAUACCAAGGCUACGUUGACAAGCUUUGCAAGGUGGAACAGGAUCUUGCAAUGGGCACUGAUGCGGAGGGUGAGAAGAUUAAAGAUCAUAUGAGAAGCAUUGUACCUGUGCUGCUUGACCAGAAUAUCAAAAAUAACGACAAGAUGCGUAUAAUUGCGCUGUACAUAAUGUCCAAGAACGGCAUUUCUGAGGAGAAUCUCAACAAGCUGGUGACGCACGCGCAGCUCGAACCAUCCGACAAACAGGCUCUGCUCAACCUCGCCAACCUUGGCCUCAACGUUGUCGUCGACGGGAACAGAAAGAAGCAGUACCAAGUGCCACGCAAGGAGAGAAUUACUGAACAGACUUAUCAAAUGUCGCGAUGGACACCAGUACUGAAGGACAUUAUCGAGGAUUCGAUCGAUGAUAAAUUGGACCAGCGUCAUUUCCCAUUCCUGGCCGGACGCGCUCAGACUUCUGGAUAUCAAGCACCUACAAGCGUGCGCUAUGGACACUGGCAUAAGGACAAGGCUCAGCAAACUGUCAAGAACGUUCCAAGAUUGCUUGUGUUUGUUGUUGGAGGCGUCUGCUUCUCUGAGAUCCGUUGCGCUUACGAGGUGACCGCCGCCCUCAAAAACUGGGAGGUCAUCAUUGGGUCAUCUCACAUCCUCACCCCAGACAACUUCCUUUCGGACUUGAGCUCUCUCACCGCCUAAACCUGGCACUAAGUAACAGUACUUACCCUUUUAGGUUUCAGCCUAUUGAGUUCGUUUUUGUAUUCCGUCGUUAUUAAUGUACAAUUGUACACAAUAAUAUGAAGUUUUCGCCACGAAAAUUAUGGUGAACAAUUUAUACACUGAGCGACAUCGGAAAAUAUUACUCGUCACAUGUGUGAUUUAUGAUUAUUAUAUACAGGUAUCAGUGUGAAGUAUAUACAAGGCUAAGUUGGAAAGGGAAAACAAACUAAGAGAAAUAACUGGAGUUCUAAUAAAAUAAUAUGCAGUGACAACCGUAACAUCAUCAGCUGGGUUUUCAUUUAGUCUUAUUGGGGCACGUAUCAUUAUUCCACCAGAAGUUAAUGUAAAGAUGUUCACACACACACAAUUACAUGUGUGAAUGCAAUAUCAAGUAAUUACUAUCAGUUUUCGAAGGUGACUGAAUUUUACACUUGGCCGUAACGGCCAAAGGCCUAAACCCUUCUCUCACUAAGCCAUAGCGGAGUACGGCCUAAAUAAAGCAAGCGUAGUGUGAGAGGCCGUGAAGCAUGAUGGACAAGGUUGAUAAUGAUGACUAAUCAAUAAAAAAUUUUUUUUAGAUUGGCAACUGAAAUAUAUUUAGUUAUUUGAAAUUAUAAUCAUUUUCUCUAAAUUAAAUAUGUAUAAGUAAUACUUUUUAUGGUUUGUGUUCGCGUGCGCCUUUCCUAGCCUUGUAUAUAGUUUAUUAAAAUCGACGAUUCGAUCGGUAUUAUAAUAUCAUAAAAAUAUAUUUGUUGUUAAGUUUAAUAUUUUUUUUUAAUCACCAAUAAUAAACGUUUUUUUUUUAACUCUGGGAAAUGCGUUUAUCCAUCCCCUUCGGAAACAGCGCAACCGAAGCUGCACUGUUUCCGGAGGGGUAUGAGGGACUUACCGGCCGCCAGAAUACCCACUAAAACCCAGCGAUGUUCCUACUCGUCGCCUGGUGACUGGGACACGGGAACUUUUGCGCAGCACCAAUAAUAACCUUAGGUUUACUUUGAAUUAUAAAUGUCAACCUUAUAAAUAUGGGUAAAACCUAAUAAUAUGUUUUUGUGAACUAUAUUAUUAAUUGGUGGAAAAUCCAAAGAUAAAGUGACUGGUUCACUUUCUUGCUACCUAAAAGGUCUUUCAAGUUAUCAAUAGGACCUCUUAUCUGUUUGUUGAUAUUGUUUGCAAUUAAUUACAACUAACAUUUCAAUAUGUUACGUUUAUAUUAUGUUAGAAUGUUUAUAUUGUUAAUGUUUUAAAAGUUUUAAAUAAGUAACAUUAUAUUAUUAAUGUUGACCAGAAUUUUAGUUACUAGGUACUUUAGUCUAGUGUGUAUUAAUUGCUAGAUGAAUAAAAAAAAAAUUGUUUUUAAUAACUUAUUCGCAUUAGUAAAAUAAGAAUAACAAUUAUUGCUACUAUAUAUUGUAAUCCCUAAACCUUAUUUUAGAUUGGUUUUCUCUUUAUCUCAAAAUAUAGGCAUGUCUUCACUUUUUAUAAUCGAAUUAGAAUUCAGUGAUACUUAAUUAUUGUGAACAUUAAGGUUUAUAAUAUAUUAAAACAAAUUUAAAUCAAAUUUAACUUUUACUCUAAUCUCGGUAUAUUAAAUAUUAGAACAUCUUAUAAUGGGAUUAAAUAGAUUAUAUUAUUAGUCCGAAGUUGUGAAUGUAUUAAGCAAUUCAAGUAAUUCCUAGAUUUAGUUAAAUAUAAAAAUAAUAAUAUUCAUUUGCAUGUAUUCUAUUAGCGUCGUGAUCAUCAUUCCAAUAUUAAACUAAUAUACAAGCUUUUACGCGUGCUCUUGACAGUAUAUAAGCCCCUAGUGUAAGUUAUAUCGUUAAAAUACUUAACUUGAAGUAACGUGAAUUGGUAUGAAGUUAUCAUAUUUCGAUGUUUGGUCCGCCCUCAGAUAAAGGACUAUGUACUUAUCUACUAUGGUAGCUCCUUCACCUGAGGGUCCGCCAUAUAAAAAGUAAAGAAGUUGCCAAUUUGACAUUCGUUGUCAUGAAAACUUACACAGGCAUAGGACAAAAUUGUGUUAUAAGUACAAAAGUUAUCGGAGCCAAUCUGUUAACAAAAUAAAAGUCGGGCUAUCAUUGUAAUAAUACGAAUAUUUAUUGUGCAUAUCACAAUAGAACUUUCUUGUAUGCAUUAUAACAAAAGAGGUAAUAGAGUUAAUUAGAAAUUAAUAAUAAACCCUUAUUAAUAAACGGUGUGAAGCUAUUGCUUAGUUGUUAACAUUGUUCAACUAACUUCCAGCUAUACUACGUUUAUAGGUAAGGCCCAGUUUGUGCAAUUAUGUAGUAAAUAUGCAUUUUUUGUUACUUUAAGCAUACUUAAACUAUCAGUAUUGAAGUGUUAAAAACUAAUAAAUUAUAAUCCUUGCCGAGAA